UACUAAACGUGCCCAGUCUGCCGGAAAUCAAGAAGCUGCAGAAGAAGAAGAAGCAGAAGAAGAAGAAGAAGAUUCACGUUUUGUCGUCGACGAAAUCACGAACGUUUACGAAGAGCUCGCCACUAUUAUGUCUGCAAGUGACGAGUCUGUAGACAAUACUAGAGCAGACUCGCCGGUUCAUCGCAGAAAAAGGCACAGCAUGGACUCCUCCAGAUUGCCCAGAAGCUCCAAACACCACCAUUCACGCUCAAGGUCACGCUCCAGGGACAGAAAAAGGAACAGGAAGCACAGGCGGAGUCGCAGCAGGAGCAAAGAGGCACGAAAGAGAGAGCCGGAGAAGCAGUCCAAAUCGCACAAGCAAGCAGACGAGUAUCACGAGAGACUCUCGGCGGAAGAUGGUGACGAGCGGUCACGGCGUAAAGACAAGAAGUCUCCCAGGGGUCGCAGCUCGUCCCGGUCGCACUCGCGAGAGAGGCGACAUCGCACCAGGAGCCGGGAGAGGCGACGCGCCUCACGAUCGCACAGCCGUGACAGGAAGAGAAGAGCUCGAUCUCGGUCACGUUCCAGGUCCAAACCCCAAUACCAGAGCAGGAGCAGGGAGCGAAAGAAAAAGAGCGAAAAGGUGCGCAAGAGGAGUCGAAGCGGGUCAGCCAAUCCACCCGUCUUCCGGGGCAGGAACACAGCCAUGGACGCACAAGAGGCCCUUGCCAGAAGGUUAGAGCGAGCCAAGAAGCUCCAGGAGCAGAAGGAGAAGGAGUUGUUAGAAAAACGUCAGCAAGAGGUUAUUGGAGCGACCUCUCCAGUGGCUGCCGCAGCUACCCCGACCGCCGUCUCGGCUGUAGCCGCCUCGUCCAACCAUGCCCUCAAUGUGGCUGCGCUGCUGGCAUCGGGCACACAGGUGACGCCGCAGAUCGCCAUGGCAGCGCAGAUGGCAGCGCUGCAGGCUAGGGCGCUGGCUGAGACGGGCGUGGCUGUCCCCAGCUACUACAAUCCGUCCGCAGUUAACCCCUCCAAGUUUGCCGAGCAGGAGAAGAAGCGCAAGAAGCUGUGGCAGGGCAAGAAGGAUGGGGACAAGUCCCAGACAGCUGAGUUGUGGGAGAAGCUCAACUUUGGCAACAAGGACCAAAAUGUCAAAUUUCGCAAAUUAAUGGGCAUUAAGGCUGACGACGAGGGGGAAGCAUCCAAACCGCUCAACGAUGAGGGCCUAAAGACCCUCCAGAAACAGGAAGAGAUGUUCCGCAAUCUGGACGUCCAGUACGAGAUGGCCCGGUCACAGACGCACACCCAGCGUGGCAUGGGCCUUGGCUUUUCCUCUGCGUUUUCUCGGGGAAUGGAUUUCAUCUAGGGGACAUUUGUGGGACAUUGUUGUAAUUUAUUCCCGGAGAUUAUGUAAAUAAGAAGUCCCAAAAGUGCAUACAUCACUUAAAAUGGACAAGGCUGAUUCGGAAUAGAUCUGUGGUAGGUUUUUUUUGUUUUGUUUUUUUACAUGUGAAAAUAUAAAGUACUCCUUAAAAGUUUUGAUAUUGGGACUUUGGGUGAAAUUUCAAGAUGAACCUAAAAUGUACUAUAACCUUUACAAGUGAACUUCUCUGAAUUUUUGAACGCGUGUCCAACUGUUCAUUGUUUCAGUACUUUUUGAACAACUUCCUGUUUAAACCAUGAAAAUUCCCAAGGAGGUCCACUUGUGUACCUUUCUGUGACUCCUCCAGUCUCUGUAGCUGUUGAAACCUGUUAGCAAGACUUAACAGGAUGUUCGCAGAGGCAAGUGGCCACUGAGUUUUGAGUGUCACAGUGUCAUCAGCACGUUGUAAGAGAGAGAAAGAGAGAGAGAGAGACUGGAAAAGGGACAGAAGUGGACUUUGGAAGUGCAGUUGUGAAUUCAUGAGUCAAACACCUGUUGUGAAUUUAACAUUAAACAAUGAGGUGAUGGGAAAAAUUCACAACAGGUGUUUGGCCCACUAUUACUUUCUGUGACUCCUCCAGUCUCUCUGAAGCAACCUGCUAAUAACACUCUGUGACACUCUUCAGAUUGGUGGCCACUUCCUGCUGAGGAUAUCCUGUCGUGUAAUCGGCAGGUUGCUACAGUGAGACUAGAGAAGCCGCAGAGAGGCAUAGUAGAAAUAAAUACAACUGUUGUAAUUUGCCAUUCAGCUUCUUUUUAGAGAACAGCAAGUUGUGCAAAAAGUACUAGCAAAGUUAUGUGCAUUGAAAAGUUUACAGAAGGUCAAAUUAAGUUUACCUGUAAAGAUUAUAGUGCACUGGCUGGCGACCAGUUCAGGGUGUACUCGCCCGAAGAAAGCCGGGAUAGGCUCCAGCACGCCCGCAACCCUUGUGAGAAGAAGCUUUAAAGAUGGAUGGAUUAUAGCGCACAUUGGGUUCAUCUGGAAAUUUUACCCUAAGGCCCCAAUAUCCCUAGCUUUUUGACAGUAGUGUAUGCAAGUGUUUGGAAACAGAAUGUCAUAUAAUGUGAACAAUGUUUAUAACCAUUGGGGGGGGGGGAUUGGCUCAAUUGAAGAACUGUUGUUAAAAAAAGCCCCUAAAACAUGUAAACCCAUAAAUGCUUAAAUAAUUUGUUUGCUUGUUGCAUUUGUAAUUUCAUUCAUUUAGUUUGGCCCCUGAUAGCAAAAAAGUCCUCCGCCCUGCUUUGACUGUCACAAUGGAUGAAGACAAAGCGUGGGCGGAUGAACCCUAAAUUCUAAUGUACCCCAAAUAAAUUAGUCCAAAUGA